UACGUGAUCCAGAGCCCAGACUAUUUUAUCCACCACAGUUCUGAUGUGACUGCAGCACAUUCAGGACAUCACCCAAACAAUUGGUUCAGUAUGAAGCAAAGAUCAAGACUUCUUUUCUGUUCACUGGUCCUUCUGGUGAAACUUUGCUGUUACUUGGAUGUAGUCGCUGAGGAAGACCCUCAACCCUCUGCUGGAGGAACUUGUGCAAACUGGAUGGCAGGUGCACCUGGCUACCCAGGUCACAAUGGAGCCCCAGGCAGAGACGGCAGAGAUGGAAGAGAUGGCGAAAAGGGAGAGAAAGGAGAACAAGGUACACCUGGUCCAAAGGGGGAUGAUGGAAGUUUAGGAGCCAUUGGUGCUCAAGGUCCUCGAGGUCUCGCAGGAUCCCCAGGAAUGAAAGGAGAAAGAGGCGACAGUGCUGCCAUUUACCGAUCAGCCUUUAGUGUCGGCCUAACAGCCAGAGUCCCAUACCCAAAUAUCCCCAUCAAAUUCACAAAAAUCUUCUAUAAUGAACAAAAUCACUACGAUCUGACAACAGGGAAGUUCCGGUGCAACAUUCCUGGUGUGCACUAUUUUGCGUAUCAUCUCACGGUAUAUGCUGCAGAUGUGAAGGUCAGCUUGUACAAGAAAGACAAGGCAGUCAUCAUCACCUAUGACCAGUACCAGAAAAAUGAUGUUGACCAGGCAUCUGGUUCUGUUUUGCUUCACCUAGAAGUUGGCGAUGAAGUCUGGCUUCAAGUCUAUGGUGAAGAAGAAAACAAUGGGGUCUAUGCUGAUAAUGUUAAUGAUUCUACUUUUAUGGGAUUCUUGCUCUAUCCAGAUAUGGUUGUUGGGCAACCCACUGAGCACUGAGGAGAACAGAGAAGAAUAGUUUAAUAAAAGAAUAAUACUCCCCUCUCAGACUAAGCAAAGCAAAGUGUUAGAUCAGUUCUAGGUGGUUCAUAUCUAUGUAAAUGUUCACUGCUAGAACAUCGCGAUGACCUAUUCCUGUGAAUGAGCCCAGAUUUAGACCUAUUAACACAACUUUAAUAUCACCUAUGAAACUCAAUGGUGUUUUAGGAAGCCGGUUCCUCUUCCUUACGGGUAUAAUAAUCAAAUAUAGCAAAAUCAAAUUACAUUCAUGCAUAAGGGAUUCAAGGCUCUCUGCCUUUAGUAAUGAGUUUUUUAAAUAGUUAUUUUAACAAGAAAAGUAAACAAUGUCAUUUUAACUACGUGCACAAAGUAACAGAGAAGCAUUAAUUGUACUUUUGGUAGAUGUAUAGGAAUUGGUGGUUGAGAGCAUCAUUAUAAACAUGUGGCUUUCAGUGUGGAUUUUCAUUACACUUAACGUUUUCUGUUACAUUUUAACACAUAUUAUUACAGUUUCUUUUGUGGGUUUUUUGGCUUCUGCAAUAGCAUAUGGCAGAAAUAUAGUAAGUACUUUAAAAAGAAAUAGGGUUUGUGACAUAUUUUAGGCAUAUAAUCAUUGAAUUACAAAUAAAAAUAUUGUCUAGUCA